AUGCUCCGGGGCGCCGGGACCUCUGCGGCGGGCAGCUCUCCAUCACCCCUCUGCUCCCCGCAGGCACCGCUGAGCCCGGGUACCGGGGCUUGCGCCGGCUGCCAGCCUCCCAGCCCGGAGCUCUCCCCGUGUUCCGGGCACUGCCCCCCAACCGGGCAUCAGAGCCCUCUGGGGCAGCCGGUGUCUGCCCCGGGGCCCCCGGGGGUUGUCAGGGCCCCUGUGUUCGGGCAUGGCGGGCUGCAGCCACGUGGGUCCUGCCCCGGAGAUGGAGCAGCCGGCACGGACCCGCGGGGACCCGCACGCCCUGGGGCACCGGCGGCGAGGGACGGGCGGUCGCGGCCCGGCCCGGCCGGGGCAGCCUCGGCUGCGGCAGCGCUGCCCCACGCCGCCCGCUUGGGUAUCGAUGGCUUCGUCUGGCGUCGUGGUGUUUUUGCGAACUACCGCGAAACUGAUACAAAGAACGGGCCACCAAAAAUUGCUUUGCGAUUCCCCAAGAGCCUUCUCUUGAAAUUUGGAGGAGAGCUGGUGGUGAUACAGAGGAUUUGGUCCUUGGCUUUCCCUGUGAUCCUCUCUGCUGUCCUAGCAGGAAGAGGUGUAGGGGUGGGAGGGACCUUGUGCCUCUGCCUUGCCUCCUCGGAGGACCCAACUGCCGAUGGCCUCACAUCAACUUCCCUGCUGGAAUUUGCUAUGAUGUCCCACCUGGAGGCCAUGAAUUCCCAUGAGCAGAGCAGCCCAGAGGCUGCAGAGCCAGAUCUUGCCCCUGGCUCUCUGCAUGCUGCUCCAGGGUCGGGCUUUGCCAGCGAGGAGAAUGAGGAGUCCAAGAUCUUGCAGCCCCCACAAUACUUCUGGGAAGAUGGGGGAGAGCUCAACGACUCCAGCCUGGACUUGGGACCAGCAACAGAUUAUACCUUUCCUGCUUCAUCUCAGAAGGCAUUGCUGAAACGAAAUGGGACACAAGUAGACAACUGGGAAAUGGCCACUGUCCAGCCACCGGCAGAAUUUGUGGAGCCUGACUUACACACACCUUUCUCCACACUAGAGGAAGAGGAGGGGCUGCUUCCUAUAGACCACUCAAGAGGAGGAAUGGAGAGCCUCCAUACCUCUGGACCAGAGGUUGCAUCUUCUGAACCAGUGGACCAAGAGGACUCCUUCUCCCUUCUGUUUUCCACAGCCUCUGCCCGGCCAGGUGUUGUGACUGAGGCAGCCAUAGGAGGGCAAGAAGAGGACUCUGUUUCUCCAGGCUUAGACCUUGGGAGCAGCAUGGGACCAGGUCUUCUACCUGUGCCCUCUACUUUUUCUACUACUGUUGCUGCAAGAUCUGCCAGUUCUCCCAGUGAUUCGGAGGAACUCUUUGAGGUAACAACUGGAGACAGUUGGGCUGUUGGGGGAGCAGAUUCAGAGCUGACUGUGGCUACAACAGGAGCAGAGCUUGCAGAGACCACGGUGGAGGCUGCUGGGGAAGAGCAUUCCGCCAGGGAGGAGGUCUCAGAGGCCACGGUGGGGUGGGAGAUGCUGGAGCCCACGAUGCUGACUGAAAUGGAGCAGACAGUGGAAACACCUGUGGGAACACUCUCUCCUGCAAGCAGCUCCCCAGGCACCCAGACUCUUCCUGGUAGUGAGCAGCACCCCCCUUCUGUGUCUCCGUGGGACAGAGCUGAUGAGCCUGCACUGGAUCCUGCUUGGAAUGACACUGAGUCAGCCACUGAGGCUGCAGCAGCAGAGAGGAGCUCGUCUCCACAAGCUGGGGAUGCCCGCAUGGCCAUGCUGCCAACUGAGCUGCCCUGGGACUCAGCACAGGUGAUCUGCAAAGACUGGAGCAACCUUGCAGGAAAGAACUAUAUCAUCCUGAAUAUGUCGGAUAACAUAGACUGUGAGGAAUUUCGGUUGGAGAGGGGUCCCCAGCUGUUGGCACUGGUGGAGGAUGCCUUCUCCAGGCAGGCAGAGGGGCUGCAGGACCGCUGGCUCAUCUCUCUGAGCAAACCCAAUGAGAAUGACAAGCACUUGCUAAUGACGCUGGCAGGGGAACAGGGCGUUAUCCCUACAAAAGAUGUUCUCAUGGCACUGGGGGAUGUUAAGAGGAGCUUAGCUGAGAUUGGUAUCCAGAACUACUCGACCACCACAAGCUGCCAGUCGCACCCUAACCAGACGCGCAGUGAUUAUGGGAAGCUCUUUGUGGUGUUGGUGAUCAUCGGCUCCAUCUGUGCCAUCAUCAUCGUGUUGGGGCUCAUCUACAACUGCUGGCAGAGACGCCUGCCCAAGAUGAAGAACAUGUCGCACGGCGAGGAGCUGCGCUUUGUUGAGAAUGGCUGCCAUGACAACCCCACCUUGGACGUGGCCAGUGACAGCCAGUCGGAAAUGCAGGAGAAGAAGCCGAGUGUGAACGGUGGAAACACCAUCAACGGCCCCGACAGCUGGGACGUCCUGAUCAAUAAGCAGGCGAGCGAGGAUGUAGAUGUGUUUGAGGAAGACACGCAUCUUUAG